CAGAAGCCAGACCAUCCAACCUUCUGUAUCAGUGCUCCUCGUCGCCUCACUGUACUUCACGGAAGAGACUUGGUUGACUGGCCACUUGGAGCGGAAUCAGGAGACAUUCCCAACUCAGGGAGACUGAGGUGAGGGCCCUAGCUCGCCCACUUGCUGGACAAGAUGAUAUUCCUUACCACCCUGCCUCUGUUUUGGAUAAUGAUUUCAGCUUCUCGAGGGGGGCACUGGGGUGCCUGGAUGCCCUCGUCCAUCUCAGCCUUCGAGGGCACGUGUGUCUCCAUCCCCUGCCGUUUCGACUUCCCGGAUGAGCUCAGACCGGCUGUGGUACAUGGCGUCUGGUAUUUCAACAGUCCCUACCCCAAGAACUACCCGCCAGUGGUCUUCAAGUCCCGCACACAAGUGGUCCACGAGAGCUUCCAGGGCCGUAGCCGCCUGUUGGGAGACCUGGGCCUACGAAACUGCACCCUGCUUCUCAGCACGCUGAGCCCUGAGCUGGGAGGGAAAUACUAUUUCCGAGGUGACCUGGGCGGCUACAACCAGUACACCUUCUCAGAGCACAGCGUCCUGGACAUCAUCAACACCCCCAACAUCGUGGUGCCCCCAGAAGUGGUGGCAGGAACGGAAGUAGAGGUCAGCUGCAUGGUGCCGGACAACUGCCCAGAGCUGCGCCCUGAGCUGAGCUGGCUGGGCCACGAGGGGCUAGGGGAGCCCACUGUUCUGGGUCGGCUGCGGGAGGAUGAAGGCACCUGGGUGCAGGUGUCACUGCUACACUUCGUGCCUACUAGAGAGGCCAACGGCCACCGUCUGGGCUGUCAGGCUGCCUUCCCCAACACCACCUUGCAGUUCGAGGGUUACGCCAGUCUGGACGUCAAGUACCCCCCGGUGAUUGUGGAGAUGAAUUCCUCUGUGGAGGCCAUUGAGGGCUCCCACGUCAGCCUGCUCUGUGGGGCUGACAGCAACCCGCCACCGCUGCUGACUUGGAUGCGGGAUGGGAUGGUGUUGAGGGAGGCAGUUGCUGAGAGCCUGUACCUGGAUCUGGAGGAGGUGACCCCAGCAGAGGACGGCAUCUAUGCUUGCCUGGCAGAGAAUGCCUAUGGCCAGGACAACCGCACGGUGGAGCUGAGCGUCAUGUAUGCACCUUGGAAGCCCACAGUGAAUGGGACGGUGGUGGCGGUAGAGGGGGAGACAGUCUCCAUCCUGUGUUCCACACAGAGCAACCCGGACCCUAUUCUCACCAUCUUCAAGGAGAAGCAGAUCCUGGCCACGGUCAUCUAUGAGAGUCAGCUGCAGCUGGAACUCCCUGCAGUGACGCCCGAGGACGAUGGGGAGUACUGGUGUGUAGCUGAGAACCAGUAUGGCCAGAGAGCCACCGCCUUCAACCUGUCUGUGGAGUUUGCUCCCAUAAUCCUUCUGGAAUCGCACUGUGCAGCGGCCAGAGACACCGUGCAGUGCCUGUGUGUGGUAAAAUCCAACCCGGAACCCUCCGUGGCCUUUGAGCUGCCUUCCCGCAACGUGACUGUGAACGAGACAGAGAGGGAGUUUGUGUACUCAGAGCGCAGCGGCCUCCUGCUCACCAGCAUCCUCACGCUCCGGGGUCAGGCCCAAGCCCCACCCCGCGUCAUUUGUACCUCCAGGAACCUCUACGGCACCCAGAGCCUCGAGCUGCCUUUCCAGGGAGCACACCGACUGAUGUGGGCCAAAAUCGGCCCUGUGGGUGCUGUGGUCGCCUUUGCCAUCCUGAUUGCCAUUGUCUGCUACAUCACCCAGACAAGAAGAAAAAAGAACGUCACAGAGAGCCCCAGCUUCUCAGCGGGAGACAACCCUCAUGUCCUGUACAGCCCCGAAUUCCGAAUCUCUGGAGCACCUGAUAAGUAUGAGAGUGAGAAGCGCCUGGGGUCCGAGAGGAGGCUGCUGGGCCUUAGGGGGGAACCCCCAGAACUGGACCUCAGUUAUUCCCACUCAGACCUGGGGAAACGACCCACCAAGGACAGCUACACCCUGACAGAGGAGCUGGCUGAGUACGCAGAAAUCCGAGUCAAGUGAGGAAGCUGGGGGCUGGCCCUGUGGCUCACCCCCCAUCAGGACCCUCGCUUGGCCCCCACUGGCCGUGGGCUCCCUUUCUCUUGAGAGUGGUAGGGGUGGGGGCGGGAAGGGGCGGGGCAGGAAACAGUGAGGUCUUAGGGGCCCGGCCUCCCCUCCUUCCCGGCUGCUCCUCUCUGCCAACAUCCUGCACCUAUGUUACAGCUCCCUCUCCCCUCCUUUUAACCUCAGCUGUUGAGAGGGGUGCUCUGUCUGUCCAUGUUAUUUAUUGUUAUCCUGGUCUCCUGUCCCCUUACCCGGCCCCAGGACCUGUACAAAAGGGACAUGAAAUAAAUGUCCUAAUGACAAGUGCCAGUCUAGACCCAUCCUUUGGAGGAAAGGGGCAUAUUAGUAAUACUUUUCUCGUUGCUGUAACAAAAUACUGGACAAAAACAC